GUUGCAAUUGAUGUAGUAAGACUUAAAGUUUCUCUGUAGACUCUAAUGGGAGCAGGACAAUCAUCGACAUCUGCAGCACAGGCACAAAAAUCCCAUGCCUUGCAUGUCUUACGAGUCACUGCUUCAUCACCAGCCUCGCAGACGUCUAUAGAGCCAUUCUUCGACUUCAUCGUUGGCUUCGAUGGCAGUGACGCUUUCUACGCUGAGAGCGACAUAGAUGCUACAGAGCUCGAAAGGAUAGUAGAAGAGCACGAGGAGAAGACGCUUAAUCUUUUAGUCUGGAAUAGUAAAACGCGCACAACUCGAGUUGUACCAAUUGUUCCCUCGCGGGCUUGGGCUUUGGCACAACAAGCAUCGAUCCCACAAGAUGACGUUGAGAACUCUCCCCAGCCUUCCUUGUUGGGUUUGAGCAUGCGGAUGUGCGAAUUCGAGAAUGCGACGAACAAUGUUUGGCACGUUCUUGAAGUCCUAGAAGGAAGUCCAGCAGAAAGUGCCGGUCUUGUCCCAUACGGUGACUGGAUAAUAGGAUGGUCCGGCGGCAUAUUGACCGCGGAGAACGAUUUUUACGAUGUCGUGGAAGCUCAUGUUGACAAGCCGCUGCGAGUUUAUGUUUAUUCAUAUGACUUCGAUAAUCUCAGAGAGGUUGUACUAGUGCCCAAUCGCCAUUGGGGUGGCGAAGGACUGUUGGGAUGUGUUUUCGGUUUUGGACUUCUCCAUCGCAUUCCGUCGCAGACGGCGGACGGCCUAUCAAGCGCUGGCGCCCAGAAUUCUCAUAGCGACCUUGAGGAUCAGCAGGUCUUUGUUCCUGCCGAUGUUUCACAAGGUUCACGAUCUUUCGAGUUAGGGGAUCGGAGACAUCCUUCUUUCGGAGUUCACCAGCGCCCAAGUGACAUUGCACAUCCUCGUCCCACCCGCUACAACGAAACUACGCAAGGGCGACGAUCCGCUGGCGACGUGCUCCGGCGUGACUCAGCAUCAACUGCUUCACGUCCUGGGACACCGAGACGGUCCACAAACACGCCGAAUCCCGUAUCACAGACACCGAGCUCCAGCCGUUCAUUUGGCUCCCUCAAUGGUACUGGAGUAACAGCAAUGUUUUCUGGCCCAAACCCAAGAGCCCUCCAGUUCAGUACUAGCAUGUUUACGGUAACCGGAGAGUCACAAUACGAUGAUGAAGAUGAGGGAGACAGUGAUCACGAUGGAACGGUCAGCGUAUCUGGAACGGAAGCCACGGAUUAUGGUAGUCUGACCUCUGUUGAAUGAUGACCGAAUGGCGCAUAAUCGAAUACAUCUGACUAUUUAGAGCCACGUUACUAUAACCAGGUGUACUACACUAGUACAUCGAGCUCUAGGAUUUCGUUCACAUCUAUCACUCAUCGAACGUUGUACGACAUAUUAUUCAUUUACAGGUUCAUUCCGCCUUCUGUGUCCG